AUGAAUUUGCUGACCGAUGUCUGCCGUGGCUCCCACUAUCCCCGGGGCUGACCCAGCAAAGGACAUACAAAAGCGUCGUGCUGGCAGUAUUGGAUCAGAUGAAGACGACGCAAGUGGUGGCAAAUAUACAAGGAUGGAGGAGGACAAUAUUCAAGAUAAGGAGCGUUUUGCGAGUCGGGAGAACCACUGUGAGAUUGAACGACGUAGAAGAAACAAGAUGACGGCGUACAUUACGGAACUAUCAGAUAUGGUUCCUACGUGUUCUGCUCUCGCUCGCAAGCCUGAUAAACUGACCAUACUGCGUAUGGCAGUUGCGCACAUGAAAGCUUUAAGAGGUACUGGUAAUACCUCAACAGACGGUACAUAUAAACCAUCAUUUUUAACCGAUCAAGAAUUAAAGCAUUUGAUCCUGGAAGCUGCCGAUGGUUUUCUCUUUGUAGUGAGUUGCGAUACGGGUCGUAUAAUUUAUGUUAGUGACAGUAUAGCACCCGUUUUAAAUUAUUCACAGGGAGAUUGGUAUUCUUCAUGUUUAUAUGAUCAAGUUCAUCCAGAUGAUGUUGAAAAGGUUAGGGAGCAGUUAAGCACUCAAGAACCACAAAACACCGGCAGGAUUUUAGAUCUGAAAACUGGCACUGUGAAAAAAGAGGGUCAUCAAUCAUCCAUGCGUCAAGUAAUGGGUUCACGUCGAGGGUUCAUAUGCCGUAUGCGCGUCGGCGGUUCGUCGGAAGGCGCACACCUCGGUAGACUGCGCGCACGCAAUUCUCUGGGACCUUCACAUGACGGUCACAAUUACGCUGUGGUACAUUGUACUGGAUAUAUAAAAAAUUGGCCACCAACAGAUCUGUUUCCAGGAAUGCAGAUGGAUCGUCCAGUGGAAGAUGAACUUCAUGCUUCUCACUGUUGUCUAGUGGCCAUCGGUCGAUUACAGGUAACUUCGACGCCGAAUACAACCGAGGGCAGUUUGUGCAGUAGUGGCGUAGAGUUUGUUUCGAGGCACUCUGUGGACGGCCGGUUCACAUUCGCCGACCAGCGCGCCACGCAAGUUGUAGGAUAUGCACCCGCCGAUUUACUCGGCAAGCUCUGUUACGAAUUCUAUCAUCCCGAAGACCAACAACAUAUGAGAGAUAAUUUUGACCAAGUACUUAAAUUAAAAGGGCAGAUUAUAUCUCUGAUGUACAGAUUUCGUGCGAAAAGCAGAGAAUUUAUAUGGUUAAGAACUUCCGCGUUUGCCUUUUUAAACCCUUACAACGAUGAUGUAGAAUAUAUUGUCUGUACAAAUACUUUGGCUAAUCGAUCUUUAGGAAGUACGACAGGUGAACCGCCCGCCGAAGAAAGUUACGAUUAUCAUUUACGUCAUCGUGACGUAUAUCAAGCAGCACAGCCUCAGGCUAUCCAUCAACAACAUCACGCUCCUCCAGGUGGUGGUAGCGCGGGUGGGGGCGGUGGUGUGAGCGCGCGGUCGCCGGGCGAGUCGGGCGCGGGUGUGGCGGCGCCGCCGUACGCGCCACACUACGCGCCGGACUACUCGCCGCAUCGACCCGCCAACACGCCGCCACACACCACGUGGACCACGCUGCGAACAACCGGAGGCGGUGGAAGUGGAGAGACAUACGCGUACAGUGGCGAGACGAGCGGUACAGCGGGGACGGAGGGCAGUCCGGCGCGAUCGCCGCCCGCGCCCGCGUAUCUGCCGCCCGCGCAUUACCACCACAACCACCAUCCGCAUCCCACGCAUCCGCCGCACGGUAUGUGGUCAUGGCAGGGUGGUGCAGCGGCAGCGGGCGGAGCGCCCGCGCCUGAAGGUGGUCACGCUCCGCACGAACUAUCCGACAUGCUACAGAUACUAGAUCAGGGCGGCGCGACUACCUUCGAAGACCUAAACAUUAACAUGUUCAACUCGAACUUUGAAUAA